ACCUAUUACUAUGUGCAUCUGCGCUGGCGAACAAACCUGUUGCUGUUGAGUUGGCAGUUUGGCUUCAGCGUGUAUUACUUCUACUGUCUUCUCUUCUUAAAAAAAAGAAAAGAAAAACCUUUACCUCCACUGGAUACAUUUUAAAUUUAAGCAAAAGAGGACACCGCUUAAAAGCUACUAGUUGGCUGACGGUCCCGGUGUGUUUGUACACAACGCAUCGGUGCAGCAGCAAUUCGGGUUCAUCUCAGUCCUCAUUAGCCAGCUAAUGCAUCCUGGGCUGCACUCAGAUCUACUCUGAGGUUUUAUACAUUUCUUUUAUUUUUUGGCCGUUUUCAUGACAAUGAGGAGAGUAAACGUGAUCAUCCUUUUGCUGCUUGCUGUUGCCUUCCUGAUCGUAGUUGAACGAAACCUCCUCAACCUAAGUGACAUUUUACAUUUGGAAAAUCCAGAUGCAGGGAUAGUUCUUCCCUUUGAAUCUGAGGUGUCCUCAGACCUUAGACUAGAGACUGUGAGGACAGGAGAGGAGAUCCCUGUCCUCAUCACCGCUGCUGAGGAGAGACUGGGGGCUGUGGUUGCUGCCAUGAACAGUGUCUACCAGAACAGUAAAGCCAAUGUUGUGUUCACCAUAGUGACUCUGAAUGACACAGUGGAUCACUUAAAUGAGUGGCUUGGAAAGACACGGCUUAAAAAUGUUAAAUAUAAGAUUGUUAUUUUCAAGCCUGAGCUCCUCAAAGGGAAAAUAUCCAAAGAUCAUCAGAAGCUGGAAGCUGUCAAACCGUUGACUUUUGCCAGAUUUUAUCUACCAGCAUACCUACCUGAGGCAGAUAAAGCUAUCUAUUUGGAUGAUGAUAUUAUUGUACAAGGGGACAUUCAGGAGCUUUAUGAAAGCAACCUCAAACCAGGACACGCAGCUGCCUUUUCUGAUGACUGUGAUUCAGCAUCUUCUAAGGGCUUUGUUCGAGGGGCUGGAAAUCAGAAUAACUAUAUAGGUUUCCUGGAUUUCAAAAAAGACGCUAUCAAGAAUCUUGGCAUGAGGGCCAACACAUGCUCCUUCAACCCCGGGGUCAUCAUUGCCAACCUGACGGAGUGGAGGAACCAGAACAUCACCCAGCAGCUGGAGCACUGGAUGGAACUGAACACACGGGAGGAUCUGUACACUAACUCACUGGCAGAGAGUAUCACCACCCCCCCACUCCUCCUUGUUUUCUACAAACGCCACUCCAUGAUCGACCCAAUGUGGCACGUCAGGCACCUUGGUUCUACAGGUGCUGGAAACCGUUACUCCCCACAGUUUGUGAGAGCUGCCAAACUCCUCCACUGGAAUGGACACUACAAGCCCUGGGGGAGAACAUCCUCCUUUUCUGAUGUGUGGGACAAGUGGUUCAUACCAGACCCCACAGGAAAAUUUAAUCCAGUGCGUAAAAAUGCAGAGGAAUAGACUGAAAAAUUGUUUUUAAGGAAUUUCUGAGCAGCCAAGCCCGCCCUGUCCCGGCAUGAUCACACCUUGCAAUAACUCAGGACUAUAUAAGGCUUUUUCACUUACCAACUCUGCUCCUUCUGUCAAACAUGUGGACCUGUUCUCUCACCUUGCACACUUUUCUUUUUUUUUAUACUCAUUGCAUCUUAUAACUACUUAGAGCACACAAAUACUGCCCUUUUUGGUCCAGAAACCCAGUGCCCUUGAGAUUGCCCUUGAUUAAUCCCUGACAUCAGUAAUGACAUUUGCAAAGAAAACUAUGUAUAACUGAGGCAGUCCCAAGGAAUGAUGGUGUAAGGAGGUUUGUUUACAUGCAGCUUUGUAGCAAUUUAUUAUUCAUGUGGAUACCUCAAUUCAAUAUUUCCUAUGGAUAAUUUGUUUUAAAAUGAAUUCCAUUAAUAAGAUCCUUUUAAUAGUAGAUCUGUUGUAUGUGGCUUUUCAAACAUUCAUUCUAUCCCCCUCUUUAUAAUAUUCUUAAAUAUUAAUUUAGUGCUAAGUUGCACUGUUUUGAUUCUUCCCACCUAUCAAUUAGGACUUCCAUAAAUGAACACUAAUUCUGUACUGUAUUGCCUCACACACUUUUGGUUUUAUACGACCUUAUAUGCAGACCACUAACCAAAUGUUACCAUGCAUUGUAGUAUCCUGUUGGGAUUUUUAUACACGUUGAAAAGCGUUUGCCAAGCUGGUGUAAAUAUUUGUCACCCUUUGUAUAGAACGUGAAAUAAACUUACAUUUUUAUCAUUUAAA